CACACGCUUCCCAGCACAGCGCCUGCAGCCACCUGAUGCGGCAAGGCCAGCUGCGGAGGUGUGCCAGGGCAUCCAAGUUGCCCGAGUUUCCGCGUUGGCAGCGCUGUCCCGCUCCCGGCAGUCCCUUCGAGGAGUUCACCUGUCCCGGCUGCCCCCCGACAUGGCUGAGCACGCAGCCGCCUCCAGGCUGCGGCUCUCGGGGCUGUGCUUCCUCCUGCAAAUCGUCAUCAUCCUCCUCUUCGCGGUUCUGGUGCGGUACAGCCCCGAGGGCAGCCCCGGGCCGUGCCCCCCGCAGCUGAACUGCAGCCGCAGGAGCCAGGACUCGGCUUUCCAGCAGCCCCGUUUUCACGACGUCCACGUCCAAGUGCUCCUCAGCUUUGGGCUCCUGGUGGUGUUCCUCAGCCGCUAUGGGCCGGGCAGUGCAGCCAUCAUCAUCCUCAUCACAGCCUUCGCCAUCCAGUGGGCUGUUCUGAUCCAGGGCAUGCUUUUCUUCUUCCUCAAUGGCAAAAUUUACGUGGGAGCUCAGAGCAUGGUCAGUGCUGAUUUCUGCACCGCAGCUGUUCUGAUCUCCACUGGAGCUGUUCUAGGCAGGGUAAACCCUGUGCAGAUGCUGCUGCUGGCCCUGCUGGAAGUCACCCUGUGCACUCUCAAUGAAUACAUCCUGCUCGGUCUCAUGGGGGUGAGCGACAGUGGACGCUCCUUGACCGUCCACACCUUCGGAGCUUAUUUCGGCCUGAUGGUUUCACGGGUCUUGUAUCAGCCCCACCAGGACAAGAGGAAGAGGGAAGAGCAGCAGGAUAAGGGGCACCAGACAGAUGUCUUUGCUGUGGUUGGAACCAUCUACCUGUGGAUCUUCUGGCCCAGCUUCACCUCCACCACCACCACUGUCCACCACAAUGCCGAGAACUGGGCAGUGCUCAACACCUACUUCUCACUGGUGGCAAGCACCGUGUCCACCUUCAUCCUCUCUCCUGUCCUCUACGAGGAGAGCACCCCAAGGAUGGUUCAGAUCCAGGAUGCCACCCUGGCUGGCGUGGCAGUGAUGGGCAUGGCUGGGGAGAUGUUGGUCACCCCCUUUGGGGCCCUCAUUGCGGGGCUUCUGGUUGGCCUGAUGUCCCCACUUGGCUUCAGAUUCUUCACGCCCGUUCUACACUCCAGGCUGAAAAUCCAGGACACCUGUGGGGUUCACAACACCCACGGGCUGCCUGGGGUGCUGGGGGCCUUGCUGGGGACGCUGCUGACGCUGCUGGCCACCGCAGACACUCAUGGUCACAGGCUGGAGCUUGUAUUCCCACUGGUGGCCCAGGGCAGCCGGACAAUCACUGACCAAGCACUCAUCCAGCUCAGUGCCCUGCCCCUCACCCUGCUGUUUGCAACGCUCGGGGGCUUCAUCACGGGAACCAUCCUGAAAAUCAAGGUGCUGAGGUGCUCCCCGGACGCGCAGUACGAGGAGAACACCGUCUUGAGGGAGGUGGCUGAGGAAGGAUGUGACCCCAGUGCAAGUGGGAAGGAGGAGCUGGGCAUCAGCACCGUGGUGUAAUGAAUCCCCAGUGAGGUCCUGCACCACCAGUGGUCUCUCAUGGCCAGUGCCAGCUGGCUUCUGGCAGC